AGUACAAUCUGCGUCUGUGUGCGAACUAGGUGUAUGAGGGUUUUAUUUGCAUACUGCGACCGAACAGUACACGUUGCCCCUUCACUCAGUCAGCAGGUGCGCUCUCAGUCAACGCAGAUGGAAUACAUUCUCGAAUACACGGCAGAAUUAUCGUGAAAUACACAUCUACUGUUACCACAAUAUACCGAUGUCAAUGUUACUCUGUCAACAAACUCGUUGCCAUGGUCCUCACUCCGGCUUCUGAUUGAUCAGUCCAUCUUUCUGCAAAUUUUGCAGAGAGAGACAUGCGCGGCCACAGUUAAAUUAACGUUCACGAAAGCUAAAACGGUGACACGUGUGGGUCGCUUCAUUGCGAGGAGAGGAACGAUUUUAUCAUUUAAUGGUGCUGACUCGGCAGGUAGAAGUUGAAAUGGUUUCUAUAUCCCGCCUUGUCAAACGUGUCGUGUUCCUAAUACCGCUUGGCUUCUUCAUCCUGAUAUUUCUAUGGAGUCACAGGAGUAAAGGAAAUGGUGCAGUUUUAAAACGGGAAGAACUUGAACACAGUGAACAAGUCGGACACAGUAAUUCAGAUUUAUCGAGGCGUCCAAACAGGCAAAAAACUGAUUUCCACUCCCCGGCCCAGAUAGCCAUCCAUCCAGAAACCCUUCCACAGAAACACGAUGAACUAACACUGUCAAAACUAAAGAACAAAACGCUGUUAUUCUGGGACUGGAAUUGGAAUCCUCUUGGAUCAAAGUUCUACGACUUAAUGGAGGUGAGGCACUGUCCAGUGAAAGCGUGCAAGCUUACAAAAGACCGAAAUUUGGUGAAUCAAGCAGACGUGGUAUUUUUUCUAAAUGGGCAAUCCACCCCAAAGACAGGUCCAACGUACCGUCACCCUAGCCAGCGGUGGGUUUGGGUGGAGGGGGAGAGCCCCUGUCACUCCCGGCCGCUUGACAAAUCAUGGGAUGGACUCUUCAACUGGACGAUGGUUUACCGCGCAGAUGCAGACGUCUUGUUGCCGUACACAGAGAUAGCCAAGAGAGACACUCCUAUCAAAAAAGAUUACUUUAGUAUUACUAAAUCAAAAAAGAAACUGGUGGCAUGGAUGGUAUCCAACUGCAAAACACCUUCACGCCGCAUGGACUAUGUAAAAGAACUCCAGAAAUACAUAGAAGUGGAUAUAUAUGGAGCGUGUGGUCCCCUGAAAUGUGAACGGUCUGGUAGUUGGGGGUGGGAGACCACGUGUUUGGACCUCUUAGCGAGAGACUACAAAUUUUAUUUAGCAUUCGAAAAUAGCAUAUCUCUGGAUUACGUGACCGAAAAGUUUUAUAAAACCGUGAACAUAGAUAUUGUAGCCGUUACUCGCGGGAAUACAAACUACACGAGGACAGGAAUCCGUCCUGAAUGGCAUAUCAACACCGAUGACUUCAACUCACCUAAAGAAUUAGCUGAAUAUUUACACAUGCUUGAUAAGAAUCCAGAAAAAUAUGUCAAAUAUCUUGAGUGGAAGAACGAGUAUCGUCAGCUUCCAGACCGUGCUUUCUGUCACCUCUGUGAACGCCUGCACUUUCAAGAGGAGCCGCCCAAAUCUUACAGCUGGGAUGAAUUAAAUGCAUUUUUCUGGAAAGAUCACUGUCUCUCUCCAAAAGAUAUAUAACACAUAAUCAAUGGUGAAAUAACUAGUAAUACCGUCCUCGCGUCACUUGGGUGCCUGCAUUAUGGUUUUCCUGUUUUUGUUUUUUAUCAAAAUUAAAAAUUAUCAAAGUGGUCGACGACUUUAAAAAUUACGAGAAAAUGGAUGGGUAGACGUAAGAUGUCAGUGCUCGUAGUGUAAGUUAACUACAACAAAACAAUAUUUGUACGUCGGUCUCCUUUUUAACAUAAUUUAACUGAACAAUAAAAACUGAAAUUUUAAAAACAAACAUUUUCCAAUUAUUGAGUUAUAUUCACGUUGCAAUUUUUCAUGCUGCACAUCGUCAAGUGGUCGAUCGGCACGAAAACAUUUUAUUUUCCUUAAUUAUGCCGCCUUUUAAUUAACUUUUGCUUACACUCUGGUCUGUAAGAGCCCCUAUC